UUAGUCCUUUACUAUAAAAAAGCUCCAAAAUAUACACACAAAAAAGUGAACAACAAAACAGAACUUCAACUAAAAUUCUCCAUUAUUUAUACCUUGAAAAACACCUUCCAUCAUCAUAAUUUUCCCCAAUUUUAAAUACUUUUAAACCCUAAUUUUUCGAUGUUCAUUGUUAACCACUAUAAUUAACAAUGUCUUGGCUUUCAAUUUCACUCCCAAACCCCUUUAAAUCCCUUCAGAUUUCCAACAAUGAAGAACAAGAAGAUGAAGAAGAACAAGCCCAAAACGACGUCGUAUUUCCCGCCGGUGGAGUGAAGGAAGAUUUCUCAGCGAUCGGAGAAACAAUUGGGCGUCAAUUUCGCGCCUUUAUUUCGCCGGAAACCUCAAAUUCCGGCGAAAGUGGGUCCCCUUCUUCUAGAACUUUCGAGGGUAUUCGAAGUGAUUUGGAAGAAAUAAAGGGAACCUUUAAAUCUUCACUCUCCCUCCUCUCUAGUAAUAGGGCUGUCUCUGAAAUUUCUAAACUUGCUUCUAAUUUUCUUCAAUUUAAUGAUGAAAAUGAUGUUGAUUAUGUGAAUAGUAAUAAUAAUAGGAAAAAAAACGAUGAUGAAGAUGAAGAUGAAGAUGAAGAAGAAGAUGAUGAUGAUUAUGAUGGGGUUGCGAUUAAUGAUGAAGUAAUUGAGUUUGCUAAUCAGAUUUCUAACCGCCCUCAACUUUGGAGUGAAUUCCCUUUACCACUUGAUCAUGAGUUAGACAUGUCUGAAGCUCAGUAUGAGCAUGCCUCAAUUAUUGAGCAGUUGGUUCCAAGUCUUGGUGAUAUCAGAAGCAGUAUCAGCAGUAACAAGAGUGAGAAGCAAUUUUGGAUGAUAUAUUUCAUUCUAUUACUUCCAAGGUUAAAUGAAGAAGAUGCAGAGCUUCUAUCGACUCCUGAGAUUGUUGACGCAAGAGAGACUCUGCUAAAGAUGCUUCAAGCCAAGAAGAGUGAGGAAAAUGUAAUGACAUCAGAGAAUCCAACAAGUACCAAAAGCAAUGAAACUAAUAACACCAAGAAGCUUCUAGAGACAGAAGAUGGGAGCAGUUUGAUUUCUUCUAAUGAUCCUAACCAGUUCGAUGCUAAGCCUGAGAAUUCAAAUGUGGAUACUAGUACAGGAACUUCUGCUGCUGCUACAAAGGAAUUUAAAAGUGAAGAUGAUGUCUCUUUCAGUGAUCUUGAAGAUGAUAAUCUCCUUAAUAGAGAAUCUAGCUUAGGGCCAUCACAGUUACUGAGGACUUCAUCACCAGAUGGGUCCAAUGAUUGGGUUCAAUUGAAUAAAAACGUGGAAUCCAGCAGUAGCCGGGUAAGAAGCCAAUCAAGUUUACGAGAAAGAGAUUCAGAGGGUGAGGACUCGACUGGUUGGCUUACAGUUGAUGAUUUCGAUCCUUGAUAGUUUUAGCAAUGUUCUGAAUCAAUGGAUAUAUUUGUAAAGCUUUUAUUCGGCUCGUUUCUUUUCAUUUCUUUUCUAUCUAUGCACUAGUGGUGUUUGAAAUAUUGAUCUGUGAAAGAUCUUUGUUUAUAUGCAUCAAAGAUGAAGUAAUGCCAUGUUUGCAGCAGCAAAAAAAAGUUGAAAAAAUGCCAUGUGCCCUUGUCUU